AUUAUCGAAGUAUGUGUGGAAUACUUAUGGAUAACAAUGAGGGUAAGGGUAGCUGCUGCUGCUGCUACUGAUCUUCCUCUUCCUCUUGCUGCAAAAGUGAAGAUCAGGUUGAGGUGCAUCAGAAGAAAAAGAGUCCCCGCCACCACCCCCACUACCACUCCCAACCAUAUUCCCAAUGCUGUUUCCUCUAAACAAUAUUAUUGCUGCAGCAGCAGCAGGAGCAGGCAGAUCCAAACGACGUGUUUGAGUUUGGGGGUGAGGGAGAUAAGGGAGAGGUACUGCAAGAAGUGGGAGUGGAAGGGCCACGGCAUCAACUACUUGGUGCUCACUGCCGCUCAGCGUCAGUCCCCCUCCCCUCCCCCCCUCCUCCUCGUUCACGGCUUCGGCGCCUCCAUUCCUCACUGGCGCAGGAAUAUCUUGACCCUGGCUGAAACUUACACGGUUUAUGCUAUUGAUCUUCUUGGUUUUGGUGCUUCGGAUAAACCUCCAGGCUUUGCAUAUACAAUGGAAAUAUGGGCACAGUUAAUACUGGAUUUCUUGGACGAAAUCGUUCAGAAGCCAACUGUGCUGAUAGGAAACUCCGUGGGGAGUCUGGCCUGCGUAAUUGCGGCAACAGAGUCUACUCAAGACUUGGUCCGAGGGCUUGUGCUGCUAAACUGUGCAGGUGGCAUGAACAACAAGGCAAUUGUUGAUGAUUGGCGAAUCAGACUGCUAUUACCUUUGCUCUGGUUGUUCGACUUCUUAUUGAAGCAAAGGAUCAUUGCUUCCGCAAUCUUUGAGCGUGUCAAGCAGAGGGAUAAUCUAAGGAACAUUUUACUGUCUGUUUAUGGAAAUAAAGAAUCCGUGGAUGAGGAUCUAGUGGAGGUGCAGAUCAUCAGGGAGCCAGCAAAUGAUGAAGGAGCACUUGACGCUUUCAUUUCCAUAGUGACUGGCCCGCCGGGGCCAAAUCCGGUGAGGUUGAUGCCAAGGAUCUCUAAUUUGCCAGUGCUAGUUCUGUGGGGUGAUGAAGACCCAUUGACUCCGCUGGAUGGGCCUGUGGGUAAAUUCUUCUGUUCACUGCCAAAUAUAAGCCUCUUCGUAUUGGAAGGGGUGGGGCAUUGUCCCCAUGAUGACAGACCUGACCUGGUUCAUGAAAAGCUGCUUCCAUGGUUGCAUUCCCUGCUGCUUCCUUAGCUUGCAGCUGCUGCUGCUGCUGCUUGCGCCCCUCCGGCUAAUCCAGUGAUCCAAGUAGGCGAGCAGACUAGGCUCGCAGAUAGAGAGGCUUCAGUAGUGCCCUGUCAGUGAAGUGAGUAUUGUGGAGGAUUUUUGUAUAUCCCAGCAUAGUUGAGGGUAUUUUGGGGAACAUAUAUAUGUGUAUAUUUUGGAAAACAUGUUAGUACUUUGGUAUUGUAUGGUAUUAUGUGUGUAUAUAUAUAUUUUUUUUACAUA